UACUGCAAUUUCAAUAGAAUUGCAUUUGAAGAUCAGAAGAGCUGCUGAGAGUAAAAGUGCAAUCAGGGGUUAAUAUGCUGAGUCCUGUGAGCUGGUGCUGUACCUGUAGCUUUCUAGCAGUUUUGGAAGGCAGGCGAUGAUCCUCAGGUAAACAUCUGACUAACUCCAGCACAAACUCUCGUGAUUAUGUGGGAAGUAAAAGUGGUGACGUGUUUGCUCGCGGUCUCGUUCAUUCACGCGCGGCUCGUCACGCACAGACCGGAGCAGGAAUGCGCGGAUGCUUGUGACACGUCCCGCUGCCCAACAACACCGGACUCGUGCUAUUUCGGUGUGGUGCGAGACGCGUGCCGCUGCUGCUCGGUGUGCGCCUCGGGCGAGGGUGACCCGUGCGGUGAACGGGGCCGCACGCGCUGCGGUGAUGGUCUGCGCUGCGAUCGCGCGCCGGCACACCGCGCACGCACCUGCGUAUGCGUCACCGCUGGACCCGUCUGCGGAAGCGAUGGUCGCACGUACACGAGUGAGUGCCGCCUCAGAACGGAGAACCGGAAGGCCGAGCGGAGCCGCGCGCCCGCUGUCAUUCCUGUCCAAAAAGGCGCGUGCGAUUCCGGUUCUCAGAACCCCAGCAGCAUGCGUUACAAAUUCAACUUCAUAGCAGACGUAGUGGACAAGAUCGCUCCUGCAGUCGUUCAUCUAGAGUUGUUCAAAAGACUGCCAUAUACAAACCAGGAAAUGCCUGUCUCCACUGGCUCAGGGUUUAUUGUGUCUGAAGAUGGAUGGAUAGUCACCAAUGCCCAUGUCCUAGCCAACAAACAGCGAAUUAAUGUGGAGCUUAACAGUGGUGUCCAUUAUGAUGCUACGAUCAAAGAUGUGGACCAGAAAUUGGAUAUCGCUCUGAUUAAGAUUGAUGCAGAGGAGGCUUUGCCUGUCCUAUCUCUGGGCCACUCCUCUGACCUGCGGCCGGGCGAGUUUGUGGUGGCAGUCGGCAGCCCGUUCUCGCUUCAGAACACCGUUACUACAGGCAUCAUCAGCACCACGCAGCGCGGCAGCCGCGAGCUUGGCCUCCACAACUCUGACAUGGAGUACAUCCAGACUGACGCCAUCAUUAACUACGGCAACUCUGGAGGCCCGCUGGUUAAUUUGGAUGGAGAUGUCAUCGGCAUAAAUACGCUGAAGGUCACAGCAGGAAUAUCAUUUGCGAUUCCCUCGGACCGGAUAAGGCAGUUCCUAGCAGACUCCUACGAGAGACAAAGGAAAGGGAACACGCAGCCCAAAAAACGAUAUAUGGGAGUUAGAAUGUUUCAGCUGACGCCAGCUUUAAUCAGAAAUCUGAAAGAGAGGGAGAGCGAUUUCCCAGAUGUCAGUUUAGGAGUGUACGUCUACGAGGUCAUCCCUGGAACGGCUGCCUCCAGCGCUGGCCUGAAGAGCCACGAUGUGAUCAUCAGCAUUAACGGCAAAUCAGUUCAGAGCACGGAUGACGUGAGUCACGCUGUGCAAUCAGCCGAAACGCUCUUGGUGACAGUGCGGCGCCUAAAUGAAGCUGUCACUUUGACUGUUGUGCCAGGAGAACUGGAGUGAUAUCUACAUCCCAAACACUGUUACUGUCAACUGCAAUCUAAUGCUGCAUUCACACAUACUGCAAGCCGCAGAGAUAAAGCAACCAGAGACGUUUAUUUUCAGCGAGAGCUGACGACUUCAUGUGUGUCCAGUGAAUUGAGAAAAGUUGAACUAUGGAGCGACUUGGAGCAGAGACUACCAAUUGGAUUGAAGACAGAAGGGAGCAUGCUGCUUCAUAUUCAUCUCGUAUUAUUAUAUACGCUGUAGAAUUUUAUACACAAACACCAAAUCUUCCACCAGAGGAUUUCAUUUUAGCAUCAAGAAAAGAAUUGUAGUUGCUAGUACCAUGGCAACCGGUAUUAGCAUAAGAAUAGCAGCUACUGGUGGCUUUGUAUUACAGCGACUGUUACCCGCAAAGUAGCGGGGGGGGGAAAUUGUGUGAACACAGCAUCAGAAUUCAGGGUUUUGUUAUUCGUUGUAGUGAUGGGACUGCCUGUAUUACCCAUAAUGCACUACAAACAAAGGUCAGUUUUAAUGCAAAGAAACAGUUUACUAAUAAAUCUAUAUAUCUAUAAUUACUAUCUAUAAAUAAACGACAGUUGUGACAAACAAUAUUAUGCAACACGAAACACUCGUAAAGCAUACAUAAGGGCAUUGUUUUUGUGGGAAAUUACAUCCCAAAUUUUAUCCUUAUUGUAUUUAUGGUGAAAUAUUUCUCUCUCUCAAUUCCUAACAAAAUCAAUGGGUCUGUGGUGCUUUUGAAGAUUUACAAAAUUUUGAAGUCAAAGGCUGCAGGCAGUUCAUAUGAGAAAUCAGAAUUUGUUGCUGAAAACAACAGCAAUUAUGUCAUGUUAUUAGAAUUAAAUCCAUAAAUCCAUUGGCAUUUCAACACAUUCGUUUCCUGCUGUAAAAUAAAUCAGAGACCUAACACCACACAGAUUCAACAAAAGAGUCAUAAUUUAUUCAAUUACUGACUGAAAGCACGAACAGAGAGCAGUGCCAAGCUUCAAAGAUUUACCUUAUAUCUAAUGAUAUUGUUUUAUAUGUUUGUUGCAUGUUUUCUUCAGAAAGUUUGAGUGAGUGAUGUUUUAUUUUGCAGUAUCUCCGGUGCUAUAGUUGAUCUGUAAUACGAUAAAAAGCACCUUUAUGACUGAAAUUUUCAUGACUGUAAGCUUUCCUAUGCAAAUCGUGACAUUUUAUCAAACAAAUCAAACGUGGUGACAGCCGCUUGUACAUGGGACAAGGAAUAAAUGAUUUUCUCCAGAAAGGCCAAGCACUGAAACAAACGAAA